AUGGAUGCUGUGGAACUAGCCAGAAAACUGCAGGAGGAGGCCACAUGCUCCAUUUGCCUCGACUACUUCACAGACCCCGUGAUGACUGCCUGCGGCCACAACUUCUGCCGAGAGUGCAUCCAGCUGACCUGGGAGAAGGCCAAAGGCCAGAAAAGGAGGAGGAAGCAGAAGGGCUCCUUUCCCUGCCCUGAAUGCCGUGAGCUCUCUCCGCAGAGGAACUUGCGACCCAACCGUCUGCUGACCAAGGUGGCUGAGAUGGCACGGCAGCAUCCCAGCCUACACAGCAGGGACUUGUGCCAGGUGCACAAGGAGCUGCUCAAACUUUUUUGUGAGGAUGACCAGAGCCCCAUCUGCGUCAUCUGCAGGGAGUCUCAGGAACACCGGCCCCACAGGGUGGUCCCUAUUGAGGAAGCUGUGCAGGAAUACAAGUUGAAGUUGGAGAAGGACAUGGAAUACCUGCGAGAAGAGAUGAUGAAAACCGGGAACUUGCAGGCCAAGGAGGAACAGACCUUGGCAGAGUGGCAGGAGAAGGUGAAGGAGAGAAGGGAGCACAUUAUGGUUGAGUUUGAGAAGAUGGACCUCUUCCUGAUGGAGGAGAAGCAGCGCCUCCUCCAGGCCCUGAAGAAGGAGGAGGAAGAGAUGGUAGCAAAGCUGCAGAAGAGCAUAGCCUUGCUGGAGCAGCAGAGUCACUCCUUGGAGAUGCUGUUACUGCAGCUGGAGGACAAGAAUGAGCGCACACCACUUCAGAAGCUGCAGGAUAUGAAGGACCUCCUCAGCAGGAAGAACAACCUGAGUGUGCAGUACCCAGAGGCCACAACCACCAAGCUGAAGACAGUCUGUAGGGUCCCAGGGCAGAUAGAGGUGCUCAAGAAUUUCCAAGAGGAUGUGAUGCCUGAUCCCACCACUGCAUACCCCUACCUCCUCUUGUAUGAGAGCCGCCAGAGACGCUACCUGAGCACCCCAGUGGAUGGCACAGCCUGUGGCAAGGACAGGUUCCUAGCCUACCCCUGUGUGGUAGGCCAAGAGACUUUCUCCUCAGGGAGGCACUACUGGGAGGUGGGCAUGAACCUCACUGGUGAUGCACUGUGGGCCCUGGGUGUGUGCAGGGACAACGUGAGCCGGAGGGGCAGGGUCCUCAAGUCCCCUGAAAAUGGGUUCUGGGUGGUGCAGCUAUGCAAGGGAAAGAGAUAUGCACCUACCAUGUCUGCCCUGAUUCCCAUUACGCUUACCGAGCCCCCCAGCCACAUGGGCAUCUUCCUGGACUUCGAGGCGGGAGAGGUGUCCUUUUACAAUGUGAACAAUGGGUCUCACCUGCAUACCUACUCCCAGCCUGCCUUUCCUGGCCCCCUGCAGCCCUUCUUCUGCCUUGGGGCCCCCAAAUCGGGCCAGAUGGUCAUCUCUACAGUGACCCUGUGGGUGAAGGGAUAGAGGGUCAAGCAGGGGGAGCUUGGGCAGCCUUGUU